AUAUAAGGUGUCUCACAUCUCAAAGAUCAGAACUUUUAAAAAAAUUUGAAAAAAUAAAGAAAGUGAUUUCUGGGUUUCCCUUAUUUUGUAUUGUGGUCUCUUUGUCAUCUUCUGCAACAAAAGCAAAAUUCAAAAGGGAAGGCCACUACAAAAAGAAAGAAGCUUCACUGCAGGACUUUUGAUUCUUCUUGGUCUGUUGUUCACUUGGUCAGCCAUAAUUGUUACCUCACCCGAGUCAACUCUCACCACCAUUUUUGGGUAUUUUGGGAAGAAACCCAGUUCACAUUUUCUGCAGAAAUGGAUGCUCAAUCUCCAGGGACUCCCGUGGUUAGAGUGGUGGAUCACCAAGAUUUGAACACGAGAAUUCUUGUGGCGCUCAUUGUUGCUUCAAGUCUCCUUGGAUGCCUCUUGCUGUCUCUAGUUUGCUUCUGGAUCUGCAGAUAUAGAAACUUGAAGAAUUCCAAUGAGAAGACUAAGCAGAACAUCGACAUUAGUGCAAAGGGGGUCUCAUUGAGUCCACUUAAGGAGAGAUUCAACAGCUCCAGAAUUAACAGCAAGAAGGGUUCAGUUGCCAUUAUUGACUACCAGUUGUUGGAAGCUGCAACAGAAAAUUUCCGGGACAAUAAUAUUUUGGGGGAAGGCGGUCGUGGACGUGUCUAUAAAGCUCGUUUUGAUGAAAAAUCUCUGGCAGCGGUGAAGAGCUUAGAUGGCAGCGGCCAGGAUGCUGAAAGAGAGUUCGAGAAUGAGUUGAACUGGCUGGUGAAAAUCAAGCAUCAGAAUGUAAUCUCACUUAUGGGUUACUGCAUUAAUGGGGAAAUGCGGUUUCUUGUUUAUGAGAUGAUGCACAAUGGGUCGUUGGAGAGUCAAUUACAUGGACCUAGUCAUGGGUCAGCAUUAACUUGGCCUCUGCGGCUGAAAAUUGCUGUCAAUGUUGCUAGAGGGUUGGAAUAUCUCCAUGAGCACUGCAACCCCCCUGUAGUCCAUAGAGAUCUGAAAUCAUCUAACGUUCUUCUAGAUUCCAACUUUAAUGCCAAGCUUUCAGACUUUGGCCUUGCAGUGACAGCCGGAACCCAAAACAAGAAUAUAAAGCUUUCCGGAACUUUGGGUUACGUAGCUCCAGAAUACCUUUUAGAAGGUAAACUCACCGACAAAAGUGAUGUCUUUUCUUUCGGGGUUGUUCUUCUUGAGCUCCUAACUGGCCGAAAACCAGUGGAAAAGAUGUCACCAUCUCAUUGUCAGUCUGUAGUAACAUGGGCCAUGCCUCAGCUCACCGACAGAUUAAAGCUUCCGAACAUUGUGGAUCCUGUUAUCAGAGACACUAUGGAUUUAAAGCACUUAUAUCAGGUGGCUGCUGUGGCAGUACUCUGCGUACAAACGGAACCAAGUUACAGGCCAUUGAUAACAGAUGUUCUGCACUCCCUCAUACCCCUUGUACCUCUUGAGUUUGGAGGGUCAUUAAAAAUUUCGUAACAGGUAAACUCGCACAGCCCUCUCACUUAUGACAAUCUUGCUGGGCAUUAUCACCUUGUGAUUCUCUUCAAGAUGGUCCAAAUAUAGCUGUCAUUUUUCCGGUUAAUUUUCUUCUUGGAUGGCUGUUUCAUUGAGAGAUUCAGUUGCUAGAAUUCGUGGCAGAAGAAAGUUUUGUUUCCCGUUAUGGGAGAUGUAAAUUGAAUUCUUCUGUAGUUAUCGGAAUGGAACAUCUUCCGAGUUUUCAAGAGCUUCCCUUUGAGAGUCGCUUGUUAUAGAAUGCUCGUCCAGAUUUUUGUUCAAACUCAAUAUAGUGAUAAUGUCGAACAAAUUUGGAUUUGGCUUGAAGGGUCUCCACUUUUUAUUAAUGUAAAAGUUGUAUGUCCAUGA